ACGAAAUGAACAAAGCUCUAGUAUCGAUUAUAGCCGGGUCUUUGCUCUGGCUGGGAAUCUUCUUGGGCGGCUCGGAUGCCCAGCCCGAUGGACGGAUUGUGGGCGGUGAUGACGCUUCCAGUUACUAUACAAAGUAUGUGGUCCAGCUUCGCAGACGCAGUUCGCCGAGUAGCGCCUUUGCCCAAACCUGCGGAGGAAGCAUCCUGAAUUCCAAAACCAUCGUGACAGCCGCCCACUGUGUAUACAAUCGGGACGCAUCCGACUUCCUAGUGGUGGCCGGCACCGCAAACCGUGCUGGCAUGGAUGGAGUGGUGGUGCGGGUAGAACAGCUUAUCCCCCACGAACUAUACAAUGCCACCAUUACUAACUAUGACAUUGCCCUGGUGAUUGUCGAUCCUUCGCUGCCAUUGGAGAGCAAUAAAGACAUAGAGGCUAUCGAUAUAGUCACAGGCGAGCCUGCUGUCGGUGUCCUGGCCACGGUUAGCGGUUGGGGGUAUACCCUGGAAAAUGGGUUUGCCUCUAAUCAACUCCAGCAGGUUCGUGUUCCGAUUGUAAACUCCACGAAAUGCCAGGAUUCCUACAACUGGCGACCCAUAAGCGAGGCUAUGCUCUGCGCCGGAUACUCAGAAGGCGGAAAGGAUGCCUGCCAGGGUGACUCCGGAGGACCUCUAGUUGUGGAUAACAAGCUGGCCGGGAUCGUUUCCUUUGGCGAGGGAUGUGCCCGUCCCAAUUAUCCUGGAGUCUAUGCUAAUGUGGCAUACUUUAAGGAUUGGCUUUCCAAGCAGGUGGAUUUCAACUCACCGGUGGCCAAAAAGUUGUGGCUUCAGUAUUCGAUUUUUUGUGGAGCAGGAAAGAUGUCGCGUUGCUGGUUGGUGUUUCUGGUGUUCGGAUUGUGUGGCCUAGCCCUGACCAAGGGGCUUCCCUUACAGGAGGAUCAGGGGGAUAAAUACCUCCCAGAUGGACGCAUUGUGGGCGGCUAUGUCUCGGAUAUAGCCCAGUGUCCGUACCAGAUCUCGUUGAGGUACAAGGGUAUAACGACGCCGGAGAAUCCUUUCCGCCAUCGCUGUGGAGGCUCUAUUAUUGCUGAUGACCUGAUAAUCACUGCCGCUCAUUGCGUCAUUGCCACGGUGGCGAGUCAGUACAAGGUGGUGGCCGCAUCCAACUACCGCACCGGAUCCGAUGGAGUGGUCACCAACGUCAAGCAGAUCAUAAUGCACGAAGACUACUUCACGGGAGCGGCCUACAACAACGACAUAGCGCUGUUGGUGGUGGAUCCCCCAUUGCCACUGAAUAAUUUCACCAUCAAGGCCAUCAAGUUGGCAUCGGAGCCCCCGCUACCAGGAGCUAUUAGCAAGAUCAGCGGCUGGGGCACCACAUCCUCUGGCGGUACUGCCUCCGACGUCCUCCUCGCCGUCGAUGUGCCCAUCGUGAGCAACGCGGAUUGCAAUGCGGACUACGAGAACUUCGGAGACGAAACCUACUAUAUCACCGACACCAUGUUGUGUGCCGGAAAGCGUGGAGUCGGCGGUGUGGAUGCCUGCCAGGGCGAUUCCGGCGGACCUUUGGUGGUACGCGACGAGCUCCACGGCGUCGUCUCCUGGGGCAAUGCCUGUGCCCUGGCCACCCACCCAGGAGUCUACGCCAAUGUGGCCAACCUCCGUUCGUGGAUCGAUGCCAGGAUUGCGGAACUUAAAGUCAAUACUCGAUACGAACCAUCCGCCAGGAUGUACUCCCCUGUUGUGCUGCUGCUGCUUCUGGCUAUUGGGACCUCUUUUGUUCUCACCCAGGCCGUCCAACCGGAGCCCAGGAUUAUCAAUGGAACGUCGGUGGAUAUUGCCCGGCAUCCCUAUAUUGUUUCCCUGAGAUAUCGCCGGGACGCGGAGUCCAGCUACAAGCACGAGUGUGCCGGAGUCAUCUAUUCGGAGAACGCCCUGCUAACCUCCGCACAGUGCCUGUACAACUUGCCGGAGGGAACCAAGAUUCUGGCCGUGGCUGGAGCAAAUACCCGAAAUGGCACCGAAGGAAUCGUCUAUCCCAUUUCUAACUGGACCUAUCACUCCAGCUUUGAUACCUACACCGUGGAUUAUGAUAUUGGGGUGCUGUUCCUCGACACACCCCUGAACCUAACGCACUUUGACAUCAGUGCGAUUGGCAUACGUUCCGAGCGGCCGGCAGUGGGUCGACUGGCUACCGUCGCGGGGUGGGGCUAUCGCGAGGAGUGGGGACCCUCGAGCUACAAACUGGAGCAGGCGCAAGUCCCGGUCGUCAGCUCGGAGCAGUGUAACGAGCUCUAUGGAGCCGGUGAGAUCAACGAGCGGAUGAUUUGCGCGGGCUACGUCACCCAGGGAGGCACCGACGCCUGCCAGGGCGACACCGGCGGACCCCUCGUAAUCGACGGACAGCUGGUGGGCCUGGUGUCCUGGGGACGCGGCUGUGCCCGUCCCAACUACCCAACGGUGUACUGCUACGUGGCCAGUUUGGUGGAUUGGAUAGAGGAAACCAUCAACGCCGCCACAGCCGGAGCUAAAUAAACAGAAAUACACACUUCCAAGGCAAUCAAACGCUAUCUUUAAGUGGCUACCGUCCGGAUAGAGUCGGCUAAUUUAAUAAUAAACCCGUAAUAAAACAAACAAUAUACACCCAUA